AUGCAUUUAAAUGAUUAAUCCUAAUCAUUUUAAUGUACUUAUUAUAUAUACUUUCCUUCCUCCUCACUUUAUUCAAAUUAUUUGUAUAAAUAUUAAAUAUUUUAAUCGUUUACUAUGAAAUAGUCAAUAUUCGGUUCUUCUAUUUCAAAAGCUUUUUCUACUUAUUUUAAGAUCAUUUUUUACUAUUCAACUUAAUAGCAAAAAGAGUCUAUAAAAGUUUUUUAUUCUUGCUAUCUCGAUAUAUAAAUAAUCUAUUUUUAAAAGUCCAAAGAAAAAAGUUAAUUAUCUUUAAGAUUAAGUUCUAUCUCAUGUAUCGUCUCUUUUUCAAUAUCAAAAAAGCAAAAUUUAGAGUUCAAUUCAUCAUAAAUGACAAAAAUUCUUUUAUUUUAAUCAUAUGAGCAUCUAUAAUUUUAAAUAUAUAGAUUGUUUUAUGAGGCAUACUUACAAACAAGGUUUUUUAAUCCUCUAAAUGAUUUAUCCAAGAACUUAUAAUUAUUAUAUUUAAUCAAAGAGCAACGUCCAUUUUAUACAAAUAAAUCACAUUAGUCAAAAUCAUUAGCUUCGUAGCUAUCAGAACUCCACUUUUUUUAGAUAUAUUCUUCUUCUUCUUAAUCUUCUUCUUCUUAGAUUUAAAUUAUUUUCGCAAAUUCAUUGCUAUUUGUUUCUUAUAAAAAAAAAUUAUUUGUAGCUUCAUAUGCAUUCAUAUGUGAAAAUGUUUCUUAGAAAUCAUCAAUUUUAUAGUACUACUAAUUAUUCUAAUAUGAUUAUGAAAAUUAUGGAGCAUUUAUUGUAUUUUUGCUUGUGUCUGCAGUUGAUAUAAAAUAUUAUGAUGUAUUUUCAUCCCUAUUGUCUUUAUAUGGAUGA